CACUGGACAUGUGACAACCUUACUGCAGUUGUCCUGAAAAAGCAACCUAAUCUUUAAAUACCCAGCAAAUGGAACCUGUGAAAGAAAAAUAUGUUCCAUUAAAUAAUGUAAAGUAUUUGCUAAUUAGUAAACCCAAGACUAUCGAUGAAACUGAACUCAACUGGACUUCCCCAGGAGGGACAGCGAAGGUGAUUCUGAGAAGAGAGUGAUAAAGGGCAUCUAUACAGUACUGUACUUCCAACUGCAACCCACAGACCUGAACAUUAUGCUGAAUUUACUGAUAUUGGUUGUGGGCUUGUUACUUACCAGGCUUAAACCAGUCUUCAUGGAAGGUGAUCUGUGCUCUGGAGGGCAUGACGUCUCUGUUGAUAUUCGAGAGAAUAGUCCAGAUGGAACAUUCAUUGCGAAGAUCCCUGUGAAUGGCAACACACUCACUGCAGAAAUUUACUUGAAUGUGACAGGACCAGAUUUGGAAUGGUUUCGAAUGGAAGGAAAAGUCAUCAAAUUGAAUGUGCUACCAAACAGACCUUUGGAUCGAGAGCUACUGACCAUCCCCUUUCUGUUUGCCAUGAUAAGCUGUACUGACGUUGUUUCUACAGAUCAGAUUGAUUACAGGUUAAUGGUGCAAGUCCUUAAUGAAAAUGAUAACUCUCCAAUUUUCCUGGAAGAAAGUGUUCAACCACUCAACGUCAGUGAGAUGACACCAAUAGGCGAGGUUCUCAUCAGAUUGCAGGCUCACGAUAAGGAUGGAGAUGGACUUAUUUACAUGAUUAACAAGGCAUCGAAUGAUGCAGAAUUCUUCAGGAUUGACUUGCCAAGCAGUGGGAAAGUCCUACUGUCCCAGCUCCUUGAUUAUGAGGUCAAGAAACAAUUGGAUCUACAGGUUUAUGCCAUGGAAAUGAAUACUGAGGAGAGGUACAACACAACAGCAAAAAUUACCAUUAGUGUGUUGGAUGGAGAUGAUCAAUACCCAAGAUUUCUUCCAUGCAAUUUCCUGUUACACAGGAAGACAAGAAUUUGUGUCAAUCCAGUCUAUAGAGGAAAUGUCACUGAAGCAAAGCUGCUGUAUCAUGCUCUCCAGCUCUCCCCAGGACCCUUAUUAGCUGAGGAUGGAGACAAGGGGCUUCAGACACCAGUUGCAUACUCAAUUCUUGCAGGUGAUGACAAUGGUAGAUUUGAAGUCAACAAUGUCACUGGAGCAAUAAUGAUGAGGUGGCCAGUCCGGAGUUUUGUGAAGACCCCCAUGUUCACUCUGACUGUCAUGGCAUCCCAAGUUGAUGAUUCCACUAAGUACACAGUGACAACAGUGCUGAUUCGCAUUUUGGCCCCGAAUCGCUAUCGGCCACGGUUUAAAACCAUUGAGAAUGAGGGAUUCAUUCAGGAGCAGCCAAACCCACUUGCCUUGGUAGUUACUUAUAGCAAUAAACCCUUAAUGCUAGAAGCAAUAGACCAGGAUUUCAAAAAUGGGAGAAAUCCGAAUAUUGGCUACUCCCUGACACAUCAGUCCAAUCACACACAGCUGUUCCAGGUAACACAGGAAGGGCUCUUACUAGCUCGAGCAGAUCGACUGCAUGCUUAUGAGAAAUACAUAUUACAGAUUGUUGGAACUGACAAAGAAUCAGGGGACAUGGUCAGUAUGAGGGUCAAAGUUGAAGUUCUUCAUUCAAGUCAGCCAGUUCCAUCUGGAAUUACCAAAGAGAACAGAAAGUUCAGUGUCAAGGAAGUGGGACUCGUGGGAGGAGUCGCUGUGAUAUCACUUCUCUUCCUCAUCUUUGCAAUUGUUCUACUAAUACACUUUGGAAGAGAAUGGAACAGGCAUCGCAGACAUAGGGACAUAGUUGCCAUUGAACAAAACUCCAAUGUGCAUCUUCGGAGUUUGAAGAGAUUCCAGAUGGAUAGGACCAGCAAAUCAGUUUCAUCUUACAGUAAUCUGACCUAUAUAAAUAAAGGCUACGGUAUUGGAGAAGAACAAUCAAAUAAUGAAUGUGACACAAGUAACCAGGGGAGAAUCUCAAAUACACUGCAGGAUUUGACACUCGUUAGAGAACCAGAGAGUGUGGACAAAUCCGUAUUGGCCAAUGGAAAACAGGUGCAAGUCACUGACUACAAGUCUUUCAGUAUCAAAAGUAACAUAAUGACAAAAGAAAGUCAUACCAGUACAAGCCAUCAAUACUUGGAGUGUAGGAAUGAACAGCAGAGAGCAUUUGGAGAUUGUCCACUAAGAAUUGAUUUUCAAUUGCCCAGAGGAGUAGAAAGUGAGUCAGGGAAGGACCACAUGGAAAAGGAUGUACAAUGUGAUAAUAAGGCUGCUUUUUCUGAAUUCAUAAAGGAAACUGCUCAUGAAGAUGGGGGCCAUUUGGAAACUAUGAAAGGAGAAAUUAAAUGUUCAGUAUCUGUAACAGAGGGAGACUGGUCAGCAAAUUUAGCUGCAGAGUCAAACUAUUCAACCUCAACAACAGAAGGACUGGAGGACCAAGUAACUGCAGAGCAGAAACAACAUAUAUUCUCACCAGAACACGAGUUUGCAACAACCACAUUAAAAGGAGAAGCACAAGUAUUUCAUUCAGAAAAACCAGGUUCUGUGGAUUCAAAUGUAUUCACAGAGGACACAAUAGGUACAGAUUACGUACCAGCCAGAGAACAGCCAGCAGCAACUAAACAUCCAAAGCUACCAGCAGCAGACAUGCCAUUAGGGGAUCCUCUGGUAGCUCAACAUCCGAUAUCAGUGUCCCUAGAGAACCCAGUCAAAGCAGAUUAUCAAGUGCCAGUGGAGCAUCCAUUAAUGGUACAACAUUCCGUGGAAGAAGCAUCUCAGGUGUCAACAGACUAUCUAGUAGAGAUGAAUGGUCCAGUGGGAGUGGAACAUAAAAGAAUUAUGGAACAGACAUUGCCAGAUGGAAUAGCAGUAGGGAAUACAGCAGCCAUGGGGACAGAAGGAAUAGUCAUUCAUUGUCCAACAACAGGAGUGAUCAUAGAGAUCCGAGAGGAUGAAAUGGAAGGCACAACAGCAAGAAAAACAUCCACUGAAUCUCCUAUAGAAGGAUUAGCAGCUGGGGACAUAAAAUGUUCAAUAGCAGAGGUGGCCGAAAUGAGAUUAGCAACAGGACUGGUUACUGAGGGUCAGUCAGAAUGACAUAUGGUUGCAGAGGAUGAAGCAGCAAAAAGACUGGCUGUAAUGGACACAGAGAAAGCAGCACCCACUGUGGAUAAAAUGAAAGCCAAAGAGAGCUCAGAAACUGAAUGAAAACAGAUGGAGCUAGCAAUGAUCAACCAGUAAGAAGAAGAGGUACAGAAAUGUCACUGAUAGCCAGCUUUCAUUCAACAGCAGAAGAAAGGAGUCUUGAGGCUAUAGAGCCAGAUGUAAUUCAAUAGUUACAAAUACAGCAGUCAUGGAUUACUCGAUAGACACUGUAAGAUAAAGCAACUCUAUAGCUCCAGCAGCAGAGUGCUCCGGAUAUUUUUUUUGUUUUAACCAGACUUCAAUGAGCAAACAAGAACUCUAAGGCCAUUGUCUUCAUCAGACUGCACUAACUUCAGGAUGUUGUUGAAUCAGCCACUAUUUGAAAAGGACAGUAUAGAAAUUACUUCCUGUUGAUUGAGCAUGAAACUAAAACAACGGAGUAACUUCAAGAUAUUUUUAUGCUUUUCCCUUCCCACAUCCCCCAUCCACUCUCCUCACUCCAUGUCUCCGAAAGGAACAGUUGUCAACACCACACUAUGAAAGAAACGUGGCUCCUGGACAAUAUCCCAUGCACCAUCAAUCUACAGCUCCAUUCAGGGAUUUGGGCUGUUUUUGUUACUGUAUAUUUUUCUGCUUUGUAACUAUAUGUACUCUGUGCUGUGUGUGACUGUUGGUACUGCAUUUUACCCCUUGGCCCUUGAGGAAUGCUGUUUCAUUUGGCUGUAUUCAUGUGUAUGGUUAAAAUACAAUUGAACACGAACUUGAAAUCCCUUCACUUGCUCUCAGAUGGGCUAGAAAGGUAUAAAAUUUCUGAAUUCUUUUGUUUUCAGUGCCAUAGAAAGACCCUUUGUUAUAACCUCGGCUUGUUGGCAGAAUAUUCUGCGAGCUUUGAGUUUUGUGCUGUUGUUUUUGUUUUUUUCUGUGUUUUAUUCAUUAUAAUUAUCUGUAUUGUUGCACUUCAGGUUUUUAAUGUGUUACUCUCCAGUCAUCUCUACAUAAAUUGCUAUUGUCCUUAAUUAAUUUCUAAUUAAUUCUGAGACAUUGCAGGUGUCCAUUAAGUAUCCUUGGAUUUUGUGUCUAAUUAGAAUAGUUACUUGAUAACUUACAAUUAGACUGGGGUUUUAAUUGGCUGGACACAUAACCUUUGUGCCCUGGAAUAUAUUUAAAGGAGCAGUGCUAAACCUUUGUUUGCUCGGUUGUCUAGAUCCUUACCUAGUGAAGUUCUGGCUGAGUUAUUCAAGACAUUGUAAAUUCUACUGUUUA